AUUCAAAAUUCAAUUCUAUGGACUUUUGUCGAAAUUGUAAAUACAAUUUGGUAUAAAAGAGCAUAAAAUGUGAUUCAAUUGGUUGUGAAAAGAGUGCUAAAGAGUGUGUCAAUUAUGACGAAAGCGUAUGAAUUCAAUUGGCAAAGAGCUGUUCCCGAACCACUUCUCGAGGGAAACAUCUUUCAUAUGUGGGAAGAGGAAAAGGGAGAAAUAGUAUACGAACCAAAUGCUACCUUUAAAGUGGAUGAAUACGGGUUUUUCAUAUAUUGGAAAUCCGAGGGCAGAGUAAGUGAUUUGACAAUUGAAAAUCUGUUUUAAUAAUAAAUUACUAAUUA